AGAUUUGUAUUUUCCACAUUGCAGGGUAGAUGCCAGUGUUGAACAUGGAUUGGAGCAGCUUGGCUAGGUAUGUAAAUAGUUCAGAAGCACAAGUCUUCAAUACUAGAGCUGGAGUGUUGUCAGGUCCCAUUGCUUUAAAGGCGUCCAAUGCCUACAGCUGAAAUAGACUGAAUCAAAUUGUUUGAAGACAGGAACCUAUGAUGCUGGGGGCUUCAUGAGAAGGCUGAGUUGAUCAUUUACUUGUGACGUCAGACAAUAUAAAUGCGAAUUCUUCAGGCUCAUCUUUUACACUGACCUGCAAAUGACCUGGUUUCUGCUAAUAUUGGGGGUGGAACUAUUUGUGCGGCCUCCUCCUCUAGCUUAUUGUUUAUUUAUCCAUUCCUUAUUCGAUGUGGCAGGACUGCAGAGCUUUGACCUGAUCCACAUGGGGGAUCAUGCAGAUAGAACAGCACAUAGACAUCUACACGAUAUUUGUUAACAUAGUUAGCGUAAGGACCUUUGGAUGUUAAAGAAAUUCAGCUUCCCUGAGAAAUUCCACCAUGGUUCAACAGUUUUUGAUUUGACUUGAUUUAUUGUUGUCACACGUUCCUGGGCACAGUGCAAGUUUUGUUUUAUGUGCAGUACAGGCAGAUACCAUACAAAGUGCAGAACAGAGUGAAGAAUACAAUGUUACAGCUGCAGAGAAGGUGCACAAAGAGCGAGGUCAACAUUUAAAUUUAAAAUUUCAGAGGUCUGAUAAGAGGGGAAGAAGCUGUUCUUGAAUCUGUUGGUACGGCGUAUAAGCUUUUGUAUCUUCUGCCCGACGUAAGAAAUUAUAACUAGGGUGGGAGGGGUUUUUGAUUAUGUUGGUUGCCUUCCCGAGGCAGCGAGAAGUAUAGUUGGAGUCAAUAGAUGGAAGAUUGGCUUCCAUGAUGGACUGGGCUGUGUUCACAACUCUCUGUAGUUUCUUACGCUUGGCAAGAUAGUGGCAGGGCUCUGGCCCAUUCUAGUUGAAAAUGGACUGGAACUGUAGGCUAGUGCCAACCCUCUUCAACAAAUCUUUUGCUACUAUGCUCUUUGUUGCCUUCCAUAAUGGUGAUUCUGGAAUUGAGAAUCAGAUAUCACAUGGAUGGGAAGUGCUCAAUCUAAGACAUUUUCAGGCUGAGAGAGGUCUCCAAGGAUAUACAUCACAAUUUCAUUGUUUGCCGAUGACACUACACCAGAUGUCAGUUCAGAGCUGUGCAUUCAAAGUAGCAUGGAGAUGUUCUCCAAUGAUGUGACAACUUUAGCUUUAUGACCAUCACGAAGAAAACUUAAGUAAUGUACCCACCUGUUCCCAGUAAUCCAAAUACUUAAAAGCUCACUUGAAGUGGAAGGACAAAGCAACCACACCAUAUUUAGACAGUCGCAAAUCAGUUCAGCUAGUAUUAUAGCCUGAAGGCCUAAUACUCUCUUUUCGAACCAGAGCUUGAGUCUGGGAUGUGCUUGCAUGAUGGUCUAGGAAAGUGCUAUAAGGCUUCACUUAGGUGAGUUCUGAAGAACUGCACCCGAAACGUUAAUUCUGAUUUCUCUCCGCAGAUGCUGCCAAUGCUGCUGAGUUUUUCCAGCAAUUUCUGUUUUUGUUUCACUUAGAUGGUUUGAUAUUAACGAGUCCAUUGAGAGGUUUGCCUAGGAGCAUGUCACGUAUGAAUCAGAUUAAACAACUCGUCGCAAUCUUCAGCACUGAUACAGCUAAAGAUUAACCAAUACAGUUACUCCUGAUAACAAACCACGCCAUUACCCCCUGCACGCAGGUCUCCCACCGGCACACAGACGGUUAAACCUCCCGGGGAUUUGUUUUCCCACGGCGCGCCGCGCGUGCUCCCACGUGACGAUGACGCCGGUGCCAAAAUGACCUCAAGGGCGUCUCGAAACCGACAGAGUCCGAAGAAGUGCGCAUGCGCGACACGCAAAACACACACCGGGGUGGGGAGCCUGGAAACAGCCGGUUUGCGUUCGCGGGGUGGGGUCAGUGGGUGGAUGCGAAAGAGCAGAGUCAGCAGAGAGAGAGGGCAAUGGGGCGGGAGAGGCACACUCUUUAAACGGCCCAUCGUAUCCAUAAGAUAGGGUCGGUAGGAAAUAAACCGUAAGCACCCGCGGCGCCAGGUGGAAACUGCAAUGAACUCCCCCUGCCGGUGUUAAACCGGACUCGGUUUAUCGCACGCCUUUUCGCAAAUGGGCGAUUAAAGAUUGGCGAGCACACCGACCGGCCCGUGGGCGGUGGGAGAGGGGUUGUGUUCACCCAAUGUCCUAAACCGGUUUUAACGGCGGCGCUGAUGUAUCCCAACCCCGGGCCCCUGUUUAACUUCUUUUAAUCAUCCGUCCGUCCCUCCCCGGGGCUGGGGCCGGCGCCGCCUCCUCUUUCUCCACCUCUUCUGUGUUUUUUUUCUCUCUCUCUGUCAACUUCUCCUCCCUCCCGGCUCCACAAACAACCAGUCCUUUCCUUAUUAUGCAGGAUGAUGACUUUCUGAUGCCGGACAGGACGACCGACAUCAGCCUCGGCACGACUUGCUCGGCUGCAACCUCCGCCAGCCGGUCGGUCUCGGCACCGUCAGCCCGUGGCUUCAGUAGCCGAGAGGAUCGGCAGGAGGAGGAGAAAGAGGAGGCGGGAGACAUCACCAUCACCCAGUGUCCAUACAUCCUGACCAAACCGAGUCAUCAUCAUCAUCAUCAUCCUCCUCCUCUUUCUCAGCUCCGAGGCCGCCCCCAGUCUACCAGCCCCGGGGAGGGGGAGGAGGAGGAGGGAGGCGGGGACAGGGACAGACUCUCCUCCACCGAUGCCGCUCUGAAGUUUGCGGAGAGCAGCCAGCAGCACCGCGGCGGCCACAGGCUGAUGGAGUCUCCCGGUAACAUGACGGCGGCUAAUGGCGGCGGCGGCGGGAUCGGGAUGUUACCGGGACUCAGCACCGGCUUUCAGCAGCAACAACAGCAGCAGCAGCAGCUCCACCAUCACCAGGACGGCGGCAGCGGUGGAGGUUCCGCCGGCGGUGGCAGCAGCAACAGCAGCGGAGGGAGUAGCAGUAGUAACGGCUCCUCGCCGUCUCCGGUCGCCGCUCUCACCGGCUUCGGCACCGCCUGGUCGCCGGCUCCCGCCGCCCAGGUCAGCACGCCGUCCGCCUCUGGAGUGGUCGCCUCUGCUGCUGCCGCCGCCAAUACCCCGGGGCUGUCGGCCGCCGGCCCAGGAACCUGCCCGGUGCCCAGCCCCGCUGAAGACAGCUUCUUCCACGGCAUCCCUUCCAUUAACGGCACGGUCCUCUUUCAGAGUUUCGCCGGGAUGAGCCAGGGUUACGGCGGCGGAGGAGGAGGCACCAACUUCUCCCCUUUACCUCAGCAGCAGCAACAGCAGAGCCGGCGGUCUCCUGUCGGCCUUCACCACCACCAUCACCCCCAACACCAGGCCGCUUUCCCUCAUCAGAGGAGCACCUACAACCACCAUCAGCCCAUAAUGAAACAGUCUCCAUGGAACAGCCACCAGAGCAGUGGCUGGAGUGCUGGAGUGUCCUGGGGAGGCAUGCAGACAAGGGAUCACCGCAGAUCUGGAGGUGUAGGAAUGCCAACAACCAUGAACCAAAUCUCUCCACUGAAGAAACCUUUUUCCAGUAAUAUUAUAGCACCGCCCAAAUUUCCUCGGUCAGCUCCAACACUGCCACCAAAAUCUUGGAUCGAAGACAAUGUUUUCAGGACGGACAACAAUAGCAACACUCUGUUACCUUUACAGGUUAUUAUUAAAAUGGAAGCAACACGGAACCUUAAUUACUGCCUCUGAAAGUUCAUGUAAAUAGCAUCAGAAGACAUUCCUCGGCUUUCACAUUGAUCUCAAAGUGUACAGCAGGUUUCAUUGGACAUGAAUUUUUUUUGAGUUCAGAGCGGUUCUCUCAUCAAUUCAUAGUUGUCCAAUUGUUCGAUCACUGUCCCUGUUAACUUUCCCACAACUGACCUUUAGACUAAUAGUCUAUGACUUAUUGAGCUUUUCCUCCAUCCUUUCUAGUCCAAGAGGACAAUGUGAAUCAAAAGAUCAGGUUUCAAAAAUCAUAUCGUAGAAGAUAUUCAACAAGAAUAGCCUGCAGUCCAUGGUAUUGUCAGUGAAGUAGCUGUUUGGAACAAAAAUUACAACGGGAAAGCCUCCAAAUAUGGAACUACGAGCACGCUCAAAAUUGACCAAAAAGCUCCUGGGGUUUCAGCAUUUCUGGCAUUUCUGCAAUUUUCCUCUUGUGAAAUGUUUUAUUAUUAUAAUCAAAAAACACUCAUUUUUUAAGUUAGUCAUUUAGUCGAUAUCUUGAACUUUAUUGGUAAUGUAUAAAAUUGGGAUGUUACUUUAAAUCCUAAUGUUGCACAGUGUUUUGCUCAAUCUAAGUGCAUUAAAAUAAAACACAGCAUAA